AUGCGCCAUCUCAACUUUCGUUCGUCAAGUUUUCCCUCAAAGCCAGCCUUACAAUCCCUUCCUCAAUGGCAGAGCCAAAGAGACAGAGGCAGAGACAAGUUCGUCACAGGUCCCGAAACGGAUGUCGAACUUGUCGCCAUCCCGAUCUGCAGAGCCAGACAUGUCAAAUGUGAUGAGACACCGGGUGCGUGCAAUCAAUGCACCUCCACCGGACGCCACUGCGAGUACGAUGCUAGCCGGUUGCCACGCAUCUCCGGAGCAAUUGCAAGGACCAUCUGGCCACAUUCCGUUGUACAGAUCGCCCCCACUACCCGACCGGAUACCAGCACCGACGAACAACGAUGCUUUAGCAUUUUCUUCCAUCAAACGGCGCCCAGGAUGGCUGACUGGUUCAAUUUGGAAGUAUGGCAGCGGAUAGUCCUGCAGAUCAGCCAUGCGGAGCCGGCCGCCUACCACGCCGCCGUGGCUCUGAGCGCGCUUCACGAGGAUGUCGAGAUGCGCGGCCUUUGCCGCGCCGGCAAGCAGGGUAUGCAUGAUCCGCAUCAUCGCUUUGCGUUCGAGCAGUAUGGCAAAGCGAUGGUCAUGCUCCGGCGACGCUUGGCGUCGAAUGAUCCUCAGGUCCGGCUGGUGGCCUUGAUAUGCUGUAUCACUUUCAUCUGCGUCGAGCUGCUUCAUGGCAGCUACAAGAGCGCGGGCGUGCAUCUGCGGAGGGGAGUGCAACUCGUGGAGCAGCGUGAUGGGUACUGGAGGCAUCAUCCGAGACAAGGCUCGCUCCCUACCGCACAGCUUCGCUACGGGUCUGCGACCGAGGCUGCCCUGGUCCAAGCCUUCAUGGUGCUCGAUGUGCAAAUAGCACAAUACGAACAAUCAGAUGCCCUGACGCUUGAGCAAUCGACAGGCCAGAAUGCUUACCCGUCUGUGACCAACAGUCAUGGCAGCCUGAUGCAUGAGCAAUCAACAGACCAGGAUACUUCCCUGACUGGGUCCAGCAGCCUUGGUAGCAACGCAUUUGUAAGCCUCUUAGAAGCUAGACAGCGAAUCAACAUCCUCAUGAGCAAGGUAUCACACUUACGAGGGUCCUGCGAAACUGUUUUGCACGACAACACAAAGGAACCAGCCGUGGUGCAGCGGGCGACAGCACAGCAGGACAUCAUGCUAGCUCAACUGAGCGAGUUCGCGGUAUCUUUCGAAGAGCUUGUGGCGCGUCGUGAUCCUGGCUCCUUAACUGAGGAGGAGAGGCGCAAUAUCGCCCUGUUGCGCCUGCAGCAUCUGUCGUUGUUAAAGCUGGUGGAUAUAAGCCUGGCCGCUUCGGAGGUCAUUCCGGAUCGCACUUUGUCAACGUGAGGCAGACCAAUGGGCUCGUUAGGGCCUUCUAUACCGAGCCUCAAAGCUGCAGCCAGAGACAGAAGAAAUCUCGAGUUUUGAAGUUUCGAAGUUUGCUGGUAGCUAACUGGUAAAUCGGACCAGUUCGGCAAAGCAAGGAGAGCAACCAUAAUCUAUAGAGUCAUCAGCACAUUUGAGAUGAGUGAUUAGAUAGUGUCGACCAGUGUACAUAGUUUUUGGCUGACCGCACAAGAU